AAGAAAAAAGAAACAGCUGUACAAGCUUAAUGCAUUCUUGAUUAGGGCUUAACAAACCUGCAUUUAUUCCGAGCUCCUGAAUGUGUCCGGCAGUACCAUAGCGCCUCCUCCCAACGCACACCUGACCUUCUGCUGCAGAGGCCGGGGGAAUAAAACAAUUACCUGCAGCUAGGUAAACCACAAAUGCUUUGUGAAAGCCUUCACACCGCGCUUUCACACAAUAAUGCCAAAAUGUCACAAUCUUCAAACUUUACGAAUACAACACACCGUUAAGAGUUUUUGCCAUGUGUGAUGAAGGUCACCUGCAAAAGUCAAAACAGGAUUUUCAGAAUAAAAUACGUUUCGUAAGACCUACGUGAAAAAAAAAAAGUCCGUUAAAGAUGCCUUUGAAAAGACAGCUGAGCAAUGCGUCUGAGAAUAUUCUUCCUCCAUGGACAUCUAUGACUUCAGACCACAGAGAGGGAAUUUAUUUCAGAACAUUAAUCCCACAAGAAGAUUGCAAAUCCUAAAUCCUGCAAGACAAACACAACUGUACAAGGAGAGAAAGGAGAAGCACUCAUCUCAUUCUGCAUCCCUGUCUCUCCUUUGAGCCUCAAGUUAGUGGUGACUGGGUUUGCAGCAGGCAGUAUAUGAAGCAGAAGACCACAUUUGGUACUUUGGUGAUGGUAAACGUCCUAUCCUUGCCUGACCUUUGACCCCUUCCCCUCCCUGAGAAGAACACAGUUCCCCUGCCAUGUAAAAAAAAGUGAAGUAAAAAAGUGGAAUGAGACGAAACGUUUUUAAAACAGCACUGGGUGAAGAAGGGGUGUGAGCUGGUGGGUGUCGCUGGUGAUGUCACACCUCCCAGACAGCCAGGAUUGGACCCUAAUUAGAAAGCUCGGCAGCAAAUAGAUAGGCGUCCUGCAUGAUUGAAUUCAAAGUGGCUGAUGCCAAAAUUUCUGCAGAGGCGCGGCAAAAACUGGCUGAGAGGAGCGAAGCAGCCGGGAUCAGUGCUGCUGAGAGCUGCCACGCUGCGCUGCGAACACAGUCUCUCUAUGAGCUGGAGGCGAGCUGGAGUUUCUGAGGUGAUACAGGAACAGCAAGACGCGAAGCUCCUCUCCCUGGUUUGAAGGGAUAAAAAAGAAGAAGAGCCGAAAAUAUAGUCCGAGUGUUCGUCAAAGCCGAGGACGCAGCGCUAUCAGAGAGCAACGGAGGCUGACGCCAGACAAGUACAAAGGAGAAUCGAGCCGCCGAGUUCAAGUUAUCCCUGCGCCUCGCUCCAAAGGUCUGCGCUGAUGGCAUCCGUACUUGGAAACAACAGCCGCGCGUCGGGGGCUCAGGGCGGCCAGGUGAAAUGCAAGCUGAGAAGGAGGAGGAGGAGGCGAUCCAAGAGAAAAGUAAAUCCCUCUCCCAUCCAUCGAUUCCAGGAUCCUUUAGGGGCCCCUUCUAGGAGAGACCGACAGGCUUAUCUUGCAAAUCCUUUAAAAGAGAAAGUCAGUAUGCUGUCGGCAUUGAUCGCUCCCUUCAAGUACAUAAGCCCUGGGACCAGCAGCACAGAGGACGAGGACAGUUUAAGCACCAGCAGUGCAGAGGUGAAGGAAAACCGCAAUAUUGGUAACUUAGAGGAUCGCUCCAUAGGGCCCGGGGAGUGUCAGUCAACAAGAAGCGGGAGUUCUGGUCUGAAGAGGAAACGGCCACUGGAGGAAGACAAUAACGGGCACCUGUGUCAACUCCGUCUGAUCUAUAAGAAACUGUCCUGGUCUGAGGCUCCAAAGAACGCGCUGGUACAGCUGAAUGAGCUGCGGCCCGGCCUGCAGUACCGGAUGGUGUCUCAGACGGGCCCUGUCCACGCUCCCGUCUUCUCCAUCGCUGUGGAAGUCAAUGGGCUGACCUUUGAGGGCACAGGCCCCACGAAGAAGAAAGCCAAGAUGAGGGCCGCAGAGCUGGCCCUCAAGUCCUUUAUCCAGUUCCCCAAUGCUCCUCAGGCCCACCUAGCCAUGGGAAGCAUUUCAAACCCUUCAGCCGACUUCACCUCAGACCAGGCCGACUUCCCCGACACGCUCUUUAAGGAGUUUGAGUCUUCGUCGUGCUCCGACCGCCUCUCGCUCUGCAACUCGGAAACCGAAAGCGAGUUGCUUUCCAGCGAGCUGCUCAGACACGGGCGGUUGCUGCGCCACACCUUGGACCUGAUGGUGCAGGCGCAGCAGAGGCUCGGUGGAAUUGUCCAAGAGUCCGAGGCCCCUAAGAGCCCCGUGGCUGUGCUCAAUGAGCUGCGGCCGGGCUUGCGCUAUGCCUGUCUUUCGGAGCGAGCCGAAGGCCGACGACUGCGCAGCUUUGUGAUGGCUGUGCGUGUGGACGGGCGGAUUUUCGAGGGCUAUGGCCGCAGCAAGAAGCUGGCCAAGAAUCAGGCAGCCCAGUAUGCUCUUCAGGCCCUCUUCAACAUCAGGACGGCCCCCGAGGGGAGAACAGGUCUCAAAGCCAGCAGGCAGAGUUGUCCUCAUUUACCCCAGGACUUUGCUGAUUCAAUAUUCCACUUGGUGAGGGAGAAGUACCGGUCGCUGGUGGGCGGCUGCAGUCCUGUGCACGCUCGGCACAAAUCCCUGGCAGGCAUCGUAAUGACCCGAGGCCUGGACCUGAGACACGCCCAGGUGGUGGCGUUAUCUACUGGCACCAAGUGCAUCAACGGAGAGUAUCUGAGUGAUCAGGGACAAGUAGUCAAUGACUGUCACGCUGAAGUCACAGCCCGACGAGCCUUGCUACGCUUCCUCUACUCCCAACUUGAACUCUUCGUGAGUAAAAGGCCGGAGGACUGGGAGGAGUCGAUAUUUGUGCACCACAAAGAGUGCGGCUACAGGUUGAGAGACAACAUCCAUUUCCACAUGUACAUCAGCACCUCGCCGUGUGGAGACGGGAGGCUCAACUCUCCAUACGAAAUCACCGCUGACCUGCACAGCAGCAGACACUUAAUGAGGAAGCAUCGGAGUCACCUGCGGACUAAAAUCGAGUCAGGCGAGGGGACGGUGCCGGUGCGUUGCCGGGGACCCGCCCAGACCUGGGACGGUGUCCUUCAGGGCGAACAUCUCAUCACCAUGUCCUGCACAGACAAGCUCACCAGAUGGAACAUCCUUGGCCUGCAGGGGGCAUUGCUGAGCCAUUUUGUGGAACCAGUGUACCUGCAUAGCAUGACCGUUGGCAGCCUGCGUCACACGGGCCAUCUGGGCAGAGUUCUGAACCAGCGUCAGGAGCGCCUGGGCCCACUGCCUGCCACAUACAGACGCAACCAGCCCCUGCUCAGCGGCUUGAGCAGUGCCGAUUAUCAGCAGCCGGGGAAGGCGUCGUGUGUGAGCGUCAACUGGACGUUGGGUGACGCACAGUUGGAGGUGGUCAACACCGCAACUGGACGGAGACGAGACUCAGGGACACCCUCACGUCUCUGCAAGCACGCCCUGUUCACCCGCUGGAACAGACUGUACCGCAAGUUGGGGAUCCACGCGUCCAGCUCGGCGGACCGCCAGCUCAUGUACGGCGAGGCCAAGAUGGCGGCGCGCCCUUACCAGACAGCGAAGCAGCAGUGGUUCAGGUCUCUGCAGGAAAUGGGCCUCGGCACCUGGGUCAAAAAACCCCCAGAGCAGGAGCAGUUCCUGCUGUCGGACUGAGUGAGAGAGAGAGUGUGUGAUGGUGUGUUUGUUUAAGCAUCUCUUUUAUUUUAGGGUCCAAUGAGUCUAUGUUUCACAACCCAGUUUAACCUCUAAACUCAAGGCUGUCAGCCCAGCAUGUGUGUGUGUGUCUGCAUUUCAUUCUCCACGUACACCCAGGACGGCAGGCGGAAGGUUGACUGGACGUCUGAAAAGAAACAGGACACGAGGGUGGAGUUGGUGUUCUUUAAGCACACAAACACACGAGUUUAAGCAAACACCCACCUAAAUGUGACCCCCCCUUCCACCACCACCACCCCCAAGCUCUUCUGUGGCUGUCAGGGAAGGGUGGGGUAACCUUGAGCGGGGAUGAAAGGCAGCCACUAUCUUGUCAUCAGCUAUUUCCGGGCCCCAAGGCUCCCGCUGAGGAGUAGAGCCACGGGGGAGAGAGCGAGACAGACAGAAGCAGAGGGAAAAAAGAGAGGGAGAGGUCCUCGUCCAAUUACCGGCCCUGUCAGAGUGACGGGUGAUAGAGAAAGAGGAAGGGAAGAACGAGUGAGGAAAAAGAAGGACGGAGCGUCGCUUCAGAGCUCACCUUUCUCUCUCUUCCUCGUUCUAUCUCUGUCCUCCUCCUCUUAACUCACCCUUUGACUCUCCGUCGCUCCCUCCUUUGCCCUCUUUUCUGUCUCCUCCCUUGCCUCCACCUCCUCGUCCUCCUCUCCUCACCUCUCCCCGCCACGCUUGGAGUUUAACAUGACACGAGGACAGGUUAAUACACCACCCUUUUUUUCCCCCAUCCCUCCCUUCCUCUCAUCUUCACCCCUCUGGGUAAAAAGAGAAAGCGAGGUACAUAAACGCAGCCAUUACAGUUCGCCCUGAGUGCGUGGAGUGAUGGAGGAGAAGGGGGAGUGGUGUAUUUACUCUCCUCCUUUUGUCUUUUGACCUGCCUGACCUGAGUUUUUGUUUUGUUUUGUUUUUUUCCACCUGGUUUCAUGCCCGUUUCCACGCAUCUUAAUCGCUAAUCUUGUCGCCACCAAUAGCAGCUGCUUAUGGAGGCGAGUCAUCAGCCUUGAUGCCCCGAGCAAGCUGUCAUUCUGUGGUCAUGACCACCUUGGAGUGAAGUUUGUUUUGUUUCUUUUUGUAAAUUUGCACCUCACACUAUUUUAUGUCUUUGCAUAUUUCAUGAACGCAGCAUUUUACGUGAUUUUUUUUCCUUUUUUUGUCCUUUUAAAUCAGUUAAAUGUUUAUAGUCUUCGUAUUGCUCUGUCAUUGCCGUUUUUGUCUCUAGUCAAGGUAGCGGUGCGGCCCAGUUCAGAGUAGUGAGAGUGACAUCUAGUGGUCGCUCUUGUGUUUUGUCCUGCCCCUGCUGUGAGCCCCUGUCCUGGCAGCAUUACAGUGUCACAGCUGGAGAGCUAAGCCUUUACUGGAGAUCAGACGACUGGACACACGGGCGGCUUUACACAAAAACUGCAUGUGGAAGAGUUUCUUCUUACAUUUGAAAUUUUAAAAAGCUGCAGAAGUGAUUCUCCACAUAAAAAUGUUUUUAACAAAAUGCUUAAAAACUGGGCAGUUUGCACUCAAACACACUGUGUGUCAUCCCCUUUUACCUAAUUAUGCACCCCUGCCUGAGAGACCAGGCCUCAGGGUUUAUGUUGCUCCCUAAACCUGGAUUUAUUAUGAUCGUAUCCAUAAUGACAUUAUGAUCACCUGUGCAGCACUGAGUGACUGGGUGUUGUUGUGAUUGGACUUUGUGAUGAAGAUUAAUAGCACUGGAGCUGCCGUCUAUAGGUGACUCUUAGUGACCACCACCUCUGUGGAGUCACUGUAUUCACAUCCUUUCAUUCAUGCUGGCAGCCGUUGUUGUGAGCAGCAUAAUCGCCUUGUUAGGUGUUUAAGAAGGAGGCCAUUCAUCCUUGCUGUUGUCCAAACGGUGAGAAAACGCAGACCGUCAGUCGCGCUUCCUGCAGUCCCCGUGAGGCCCCAGAUGUGUGUUUACAUGUUAGAGAAGGCAAAGUUACCGUAAGCUAGAAGAAUGCACCGGGUUUUUUAAAAAAGUUUCUUGACAAAUUUUAAGUCUUAAUAUGAGUGGAAACUGUGUCAUUGUGUAUAAAUCCAGCUUUAGUAAUGGCAAUUUUAAUAGAUUCAACUUCAUAUGGACCUGUUACGCUCAUUUCUGUAUUUUUAUUCUUGCUUUGCAUUAGCCACACCAUUCUAUCUUUAUCUUAAACUGGGACUAAGUGCAGCCCGUUGUUAUCUGAAAUAAGCCAUUCUACCUCCUCUCUCGUUAAAGCUCCUUUUUGGAAAUACCCUCUGCAGAAUUGAAGCUGAGUUUUCACCCCCAGGGGGCAGCGAUUUCCCCCAGGCUGUGCUGAGGUGUUUCAGAUGCAUGCUGAUGUUUAGCUUGUCCUUCUGGCUACACCCAUAUCCUCAAACUGCUCCAAUCAUAGGUAACUUCCUUCUCAAGUUAUCACGUUAACAAGAUUUUCAGAAAACUUGACCUCUGACCUUGACGUUGAGGUCGAGGUCAUCCAGUCUUUAAGUGAUGGCGUGAUGAACCCUGCUUCUGGGCCCAAACUACUCUGCAUUUAAUAAGGCUGUUGUGCCUCUCUCGGUUUUUAUUACUGCUAAUCAUUUUAAAGCGCCGUUUUCAAAACCUUAUGAUGCAACUACAGCCCAGCCCAUGCAGCAGUAUAUGAAUGACUAGCCUCCUAUUGAUGGAUUAUCUCGGUGGUUCUCCUGACUGACGUUUGGUCCGUUUGCAGCAUCCUGUUUGCAGCAUCCUGUCAUGUGAUUGCAUUUGUCCCUAACCACUGUGAACACUCAAGUUAACUUUUAUCGAGUGGAAAAAAGUUCUCCGUUCGUUAGCGUUCAUCCUCCAGAUUCCCUGUUUAUAUUCUGCUAACGUAGCUGUGUCGCUAGCGAUCACGUAGCAUAUCAUUAUAUACCAGCUAGCACAACCCUACAAACAUCACUGCUGUUUGCUUUCCUGUCUUCAUUUAUGUGGGAAGUGAUAGCAGAGCUGUACGUCUUAAUUUGUUUCAGAAAUGUUGUCAGAACAUGUUAUAUUAUGUUUAGAUGGAAACUAGCUAACUUCCUGCUAACUUUGAACUCCAUUAAACUUCAUAAAUUCUGUUUUCAUGGAUGCCU